AUUAGAUGUAAGGUUUAAUUACAAAAUUUAUAUAGUUAAAGGUCCAUCUUACAAAACAAUAGAUAGUUCGAGGGUCUUCUCGCGUAUUUCUUGAAAGUAAAAACCACUAUACGAUCGUCGUCGUCGUCGUCGUCUAACAAUAACCCUAAAAUCAAAAAGAGAAGAAGCAGACCAAAAUCGAAACGCUUUCUUUCUCACUUCGCCGCACUACUCUCUUCGUAAUGGCGAGCAACAACCCUUCGCAGCUUCUUCCAUCAGAGCUAAUCGACAGGUGCAUAGGGUCGAAGAUAAGGGUGAUAAUGAAAGGAGACAAGGAGCUCGUAGGUGUUCUUAAAGGCUUCGACGUUUACGUUAACAUGGUCCUUGAAGAUGUCACCGAGUAUGAGAUUACAGCUGAAGGAAGUCGUGUCACAAAGCUUGAUCAGAUUCUCCUCAACGGCAACAACAUCGCCAUUUUGGUGCCUGGUGGAGCUCCAGAAGACGUAGAGUGAGAGGAUUGAUUAGUAUGUUAAAGACUUGUGUGAGGAGGAAAGAUGUAACUUUGGUUUUUAGCAUUUGACUCUUUGUUCACACACAAGUACUAGUUGAUACAUUUUAAAUUCAGAAUUACAAAUUGUUGUGAAAGAGCUUAAGCUUCACACUUUUUUAUUUGACUUAAUGCUUUCAUUGCUUCUCCUUA